CUAUAUUCCGUCUUGCUGGCGUCACAUAAGGAAAAUGAAGCUUGGAAAGAGGCCGACCUCGCAGAGGACCGUAGCUUUCGACCAACACGAGCGCCAGGCAGCCGGAGAAAGGCACCAUUCUACAAAGUUCUGCAGGGCAUGCCCAUCGCCGUUGAUGCAUUCCGCUAUGGAACCAUACCAGGCAUCACCGCCUACUUCUUAACCCAUGCUCAUUCAGAUCACUAUACCAACCUAGCUUCGAACUGGAAGAGCGGGCUAAUUUAUUGCUCAGGGGAUACAGCUAAUUUGAUCAUACAUAUGUUAUCAGUUGAUCCCAAGUGGGUUCACCCACUUCCGAUGGACGUCCCUACAGUUGUCCCCGACACCGGCGGGGUAACUGUCACACUUAUUGAAGCUAACCAUUGCCCAGGCUCGUGCCUAUUUCUAUUCGAGGGCCCACAGACCGUGCACGCGGGUGACAGCGCCUUCAAAUCGCCAUUCGUUGGUUCUGAAAAGACUUUCCGAUACUUGCAUUGUGGAGACUUCAGAGCUUCGCCACAGCAUGUAAUGCACCCUGCGGUGAGAGGAAAGCAAAUUGAUCAUGUAUAUCUAGAUACGACCUACUUGGACCCGAAGUAUACCUUUCCUCCGCAGCCGCUGGUCAUCUCAGCCUGCGCAGAGCUAGCCAAGAGGAUUGUAUCUGGGGAGUGGAUUGGCCCUCCGGACACGAACGGAAAGCGGAACUCGACCAUGAAUGCUUGGGUUACUCUUUCAGACAAGGCAGAUGAUACUGUCGUGAAACAGCCCAAAGAGAGAAUGUUGGUGGUUGUUGGCACCUACUCCAUUGGCAAAGAACGCAUUGUUAAGGCUAUCGCGCAGGCCCUCAAGACUAAAGUGUAUUGUGACGCACAUAAAGCGGCCAUCCUACAAUGUCAAAAUGACCCUGAGUUGCAUGCGCUAUUGACCAAGGACCCAAAUGAAGCUGGCGUGCAUCUUGUUCCGUUGGGCAUGAUCGUUUCAGACAAGCUCAAGGCGUACGUGCAAAGGUUCAAAGGCACAUACUCCCGGGCUGUCGGUUUCAGGCCCACAGGAUGGACUUACGCACCACCGUCCGGCAGCGACCUCAGCCCAUCCAUUCCAUCCAUCAUCUCGCGCGGGCAGUCACGGUCCUUCACACAUGCAGACCUGAAGCCUAUGCAAAAGUCGACAUAUGCUGUGCAACUUUAUGGCGUGCCAUAUUCAGAGCACAGUUCAUUUUUUGAGCUUACGUGCUUUGCGAUGUCGUGUGACUGGGUAAAGAUGAUUCCGACUGUCAAUGUCGGGAGCGAAGGAUCCAGAGCGAAGAUGGCAAAAUGGGUGGAACGCUGGGAAAUUGAGAAGAAACGGAGUAAGGAGGUAAUGAUAAAACCUAGAGCUACUGAUUACUGGUGA